UGCCCCUCCUCUCUCUCUCUCUUCUCUCUCCCCCCCCCUCUGCCACUGCCACUGCCACCCACACUCCUCUCCGCCUCCUCUCUCUCUCCCUCCCCACAAAUCUUUCUUCGACCCCUUGUUCUUGUACACACCCACCCAAGGGGUCUGAGAAGGUCCUCCUUCAACUUCAAUCCCAGGUAACAGGUUGGUACGAAUCAUCUUCCAAUUCAUUGGCUUCAGCUGCAAUGCACAGGUUGCCAACAAUUGACCACUGUACAGUAUCAGACUCCGAAGUUCUGGCCCGGGCAUGACAUAUUCUUGACAACACAAGGCUCUGGAGACAUGGGAUGUGCUGCUUCCAGAUUGGAAGAUGAGGAGGCUGUCAAGAUGUGCCGGGACAGGAGGGACUUCAUCAAGCAGGCACUGGAUCAGCACAACCGUUUUGCGUCCUCUCACAUCGCCUACAUCGAGUCCAUGAAAUGUGUCUCGAUGGCCCUGCAGCGGUUCGUUGCUGGAGAUGAUCGGCACGAGCUCAUUUUUGACCCAUUCAUUUCUCCUGUCAAGCAACAGAAGCCAGAGAUGCUCGGCCUUCCUUAUGGUUCGUAUGAGAAGAGGACUGUUCAUGUCGCGAAGUACUUGAUGUCAGGACCAAACCCAUCAGUGUCAGUUGAAGAGGCUCCACGGCCCGUGGAAACAAUCCGUGUUGAGUCACAUUACCCUGUGGAUGGCUAUGCUGGCACAGAUAGAUUCUUCCCAGCCAAUUCCUCACCGAUGAGGCCAUCUUCUCACUAUACACCUUAUGACAGGCCAAGCUAUGUAGCUCCAUCACCCCAGGAACCAGUGAGGAAUGCUUAUUACAUGCCACCUUAUGACAGGCCAAGCUAUGUAGCUCCAUCACCCCAGGAACCAGUGAGGAAUGCUCAUUACAUGCCACCUUAUGACAGGCCAAACUACGUACCUUCAUCACCCCAGGAUCCAGAUCCAAGGAGGACAUCUUAUUACGCAUCUCAUGACAGGCCAAACUACCCACCCUCAUCACCCCAGGAACCAGAAUCAUCACCGUGGGACUCCUUCUGGAAUCCAUUCUCGUCGCUGGACAGCUAUCCGUACCCGCGCCCUCGGAGUAGCUAUGACAAUGUGGUCACUGACGAUGAAUUGGCACGGUUACAGCGGGUAAGAGAGGAGGAAGGAAUCCCAGAACUCGAAGAGGAAGAUGAUGAAUGUCAAAAACAUGAACAAAUGCACAACAAAGAGGGGGAGGGGGAGGGGGAGGAUGAUGAUGAUGAAGAAGAAUCUGAUGAGGAUGAUGAUGAAGAAGAAGAAUCUGAUGAAUGUGAGCAUUCAGAUGACCAAAGAUGUAUGGCUUCUAACGAGGCUCGCCCAGGAAAAUCUGAAGUCAAUGUCAAGCAAGAACAAAAGGGACAUCAAUCCAAAGGUGUUCAAUGCGCAGGCUCAUCCGAGCCCCGAAAUGCAGUAGACCAUGAGAUCAAGGCACAUAAGAAAGAACUAAUGAGGAACAAAGUAGCAAAUGCAGAAGAAACCCCAGGUUUCACUGUGUAUCUGAACCGAAAGCCAACGAGUUUGGUCGAGGCUAUGAAAGAUAUUGACAGUCAGUUCUUGGGGAUCUGUAGCGCUGCUCAGGAAGUCUCACGGAUGUUGGAGGCAAGUCGAGCUCAAUACUCAACCUCAAAUGAUCUCUCUGUAAAGAUGCUAAACCCAGUCGCACUUUUGCGAUCUGCAUCAAUUCGAUCAUCAUCUUCCCGCUUCCUUCUUGCUUCCUCUGGCUCAAUAGAUGAUCUUUUUGACAAUGAUACAAGCAGCUGUUACUCUGAAGAAUCUUGCAGCACAAUGUCUGGAAGUCAUCACUCCACUCUUGAUAGACUGUAUACAUGGGAGAAGAAAUUAUACAAAGAAGUGAAGGUGGGUGAGCGAUUAAGACUUGAGUAUGAGAAGAGGAUGGCACAUUUGCGGAGCCAGGAUGUGAAAGGGGAGGAGCCUUCUUCUGUCGAUAAGACUCGUUCAGCGUUGAGAAGCUUACAAACUCGGAUGAAGGUGUCAAUACAAACUGUUCAGUCAAUAUCAAGAAGAAUUGAAGUUCUAAGAGACGAGGAGUUGCACCCUCAACUUAUGGAGCUUAUCCAAGGACUGUCGCGGAUGUGGCGAGCCAUGGCUGAACGCCACGAGGCUCAGAAGCGGACCAUCGACGACGCCAAGCUUCUCUUCCUGCAACACCGCGCAUCGGCCGCGACCACCGUGGCUCUCGGUCCUCCAGAGGCGACGACGCCGCCUCCCGCCGCCGUCGCGCUCGAGUGCGAGGUGCGAGCCUGGCGCGGAGCCCUGGACGCCUGGCUAUCGGCGCAGCGCGCGUACGCGCGCGCCCUGGCCGCCUGGGCACGACGCUGCCUGGGCAUUGGCGCGGGCGCCGCGGCGCCGCGCACCGUGCCGCCGGCGUUCCUGGUGUGCAUGGAGUGGGGGCUCGUCGUCGAAGCGGCUUCAGAGGCGCGGGUGAUGGACGGGCUGGACUUCUUCGUGGCCGGCGUAGGGUCGGUGUGCUCGGGAGCCGCCGCGGGCAUGGAGGGCAUGGCGGGGCGCGUGCUCUGCGCCGGCUUGGGAGCCGUCACCGGCGCCAUGGCCGAGUUCGCCGCGGCAUCGGCGGACGGGUACGACGCCGCGGUGUCGGCGGCGCUGGCCGCGCGCGCGCCGGAGGGCGGGGAGGAGGAAAACGCGGGAGGACCGCCGCAACAGUAGGAAAUUCCGCAAAACCGUGGAUACUUUUUUUUUUUGGAGUUGGAACCGUGUAGCUAGGAAGUUGAAGCAUGCAGUCACAUGUGUAAUUUUGUAGCUAAAGAUGCAAUUGCAUGGCUGAUUAUUGGGAUGGAUGGUUGCCCCAGUUUAUACUAGCAGCAGUACCAGUGUUACCUUACCCCUGGUGGUUUUCUUCGUGUUGAAGUCUGAAUGGUUUUUGGUA